AUGUCUCAAGGUACUCUUUAUGUUGCUCCUAUGGGCAGAGGUCACUUGCCUCCAGCCUUAGUCAAGUACUUGAAACUCGACAUUGAAAUUGUCGAUGUUACCAAGGACAUGGACUCCUUCAAGAAGGAAUUCCCAUUGGGUUUGAUCCCAGCAUACAAAGGCCCUGACGGUUUCAAAUUGACCGAGCUCUUGGCCAUUGUAUAUUACCUCGUCGACUUGAAAGGUGACGAAGAUAUCAAGAAAACCCUUUGCGGUGCCACUCUCGAAGAGAAAGCCCAAGUCUUGAGAGUCCUAUCAUACGGUGUCAGUGACUUUGCUCCAGCUUUCCAGGCUUUUGCAUUCUUGUUGUUUGGCAAGACUCCAUACAACAAGAAGAUUGCUGACGAGAAAAAGGCCGUUCUAGAAACCGCCAUGGAUCUUUUCAACCAAAGAUUGCAAGAAUACACUUACUUGGCCACCGAAUCUGUGUCGCUAGCCGACUUGUUCAUCGGCACCUUGUACGGAUUUUCCUCCACCAUUGUGUUUGGUGCUGACUUCAGAUCCAAGUACCCAGCUGUGCACAGAUGGUACCAAACCGUUGAGGCUCACCCAGUGCUAAGCGGUUUGUUUGACCAAUCUAAGUUCUUGAAGAAGAGUGUGGUUUUCCAAGCACCAAAGAAGGAAUCCAAGAAGGCCGAGAAGCCAAAGGCUGCCGAAAAGCCAAAGGCUGCUGAGAAGCCAAAGGAAGAGGAACAACCUGCUGAGCCAAAGAAGGCUAAGCACCCUCUAGAAGCCCUUGGCAAAGCCACUUUUGCUCUAGAUGACUGGAAGCGUAAGUACUCUAAUGAUGACACCAGACCAGUGGCUUUGCCUUGGUUCUGGGAGCACUACAACCCAGAGGAAUACUCCAUCUACAAAGUGGACUUCAAGUACAACGAUGAGUUGACAUUGACUUUCAUGUCCAACAACCAGAUCGCUGGUUUCUUCAACAGAUUGAGUGGUUCCGUCAAAUACAUGUUUGGUUGCAUGGUCGUCUACGGUGAAAACAACAGCAACGGUAUCACCGGUGCCGUCAUGCUAAGAGGCCAAGAUUACGUCCCAGCCUUCAACGUGGCCCCAGAUUGGGAAUCCUACGAGUUCACUAAGUUGGACACCACUAAGGAAGAAGACAAGGAAUUUAUCAACAACAUGUGGGCUUGGGACAAGCCUGUUGUUGUUGACGGCCAAAGCAGAGAAAUCGCCGACGGUAAAGUGUUGAAAUAA